ACACACACACACACACACACACACAGGUGGUUGGACUGAUUGAGACCUGCCUGUUUGCCUUUAUGCUGAACUGCCUUUCAAGCUGGCCCAACACUGCUCAGUGGAAAUAAGAGAUUGUUCAACUGGCUGAUAAGAAGCACAGUGCAGAUCUGGGACUGCCAGCAACUUAAAUCACAACAGCGACAAAAGGGAACAUACAGCUACACUUGUUUUGCUUUCAAGAUCUGCGUUCGGGGGACAAUUUUCUUUUCUUCUCAUACAAGGUUUGGUCUUUACAAACAUUCCUCUUAGACAUAAAUGAAGAGAGAUACAUAGCUCAGAGUUUACCUUAGGACUGAUCUGGGCAGGGGGACUGGAGUAAGAGCCUAAACAUGCUGUACCUUUUCAGACUUUAGGACAUAAACAAUGCCGCCGCCGCAAUAAAUGGAGCCACUGUUUCUUGCAACUAAAACUGAAGUCAUCAACCAAAGGAAGCUGCAUUUCAACACAGUUUUUUGUUCCCCAUUUACAAAUUUGAUUAAAACUGGCUGGGGAAUAUCUAUUAAGAACUGAAUGCACAAAAGUAAACACAAGCUGUUUACCAUGUCAAACAACACCACCAACUGUAACAUCGAUGACAGCUUUAAGUACACCCUGUACGGCAGUGUGUACAGUAUGGUCUUUGUUUUGGGACUGAUCUCCAAUGUGGUGGCCUUGUACAUCUUUUUGUGCUCGCUGAAGCUACGUAACGAGACCACCACUUACAUGAUGAACCUGGUAUUCUCCGAUCUGAUCUUCGUCUUCACGCUGCCUUUACGGAUCUUCUACUUUGUUACCCGCAACUGGCCCUUUGGGGAUAUGCUCUGCAAGAUCUCCGUCUCCCUUUUUUACACUAACAUGUACGGGAGCAUGCUCUUCCUCACCUGCAUCAGUGUGGACCGCUUCUUGGCCAUUGUGCACCCGUUCAGGUCCCGGACUCUGCGUACCAAGCGUAAUGCCAAAAUCAUCUGCUGUGCCAUUUGGGCGCUGGUGCUCGCAGGAAGUUUGCCUACUGGCUUUCUUCUCAAUUCCACAAGUAAGCACAAUAAAGGCGAGAACAAAUACUCCUGUUUUGAGAACUUCUCAAGUAGUGAAUGGAAGGACUACCUGUCCAAGGUGGUCAUCUUUAUUGAGACUGUGGGGUUCCUCAUCCCCCUGAUCCUCAACGUCUCCUGUUCCGCCAUGGUCCUGCAGACCCUCCGCAGGCCCAGAACCCUCAACCAAGGAAAGCUGAACAAAACCAAGAUCCUGCGCAUGAUUAUGGUUCACCUCUUUAUAUUUUGCUUCUGCUUCGUGCCUUACAACAUCAACCUGGUGUUCUACGCCCUCGUCCGGACUCAGGCUCUGAAGGGAUGCACGUUGGUGGCCGUCGUCCGGACAAUGUACCCAGUGACGCUGUGCAUCGCGGUUUCCAACUGCUGCUUUGACCCUAUUGUGUACUACUUCACUUCUGAGACCAUCCAAAACUCCAUAAAAAGGAAAUCCACAAGCAAGAUUUGCGAUACUAAGUUCUCUGAAGAAAGCUCCAUACAGCAAAGCCUGCGCACCAUUAAAGCCAAAAUGUUUCAGACAGAAUCCACAGUGUAAGUGCUGACUUUACAGCAGACACUUUAAUUCUCAACUUUUCCCUCACAGUGUGGUUUGUACAACAUCACUGUUUGAAAGGAAAUUAUGCAAAAACUUCAUCUAUCACUUUU